CUUCUAUCCCUUUCAGUUCAUCCUUAGCUCACUCACUCUCUUCACACUGGCAAAAAAUUAUUUGGUAGUGAUAUUCUCUCUUACAAAUGGGUUCCAUUGCCAAGGAGAUAGAUGCCAAGGAGCUAGAGAAAGAGUUUCUUCCAUUCCUCCGUAUGUACAAGGAUGGUACAGUUGAGCGACUUUUAGGCACUCCCUAUGUGCCCCCAUCGCCUCUAGACCCAGAAACUGGAGUCUCAUCAAAAGACAUCACAAUUUCACUAGACCCCUCCAUCUCUGCUCGUCUCUACCUCCCAAAACUCAAUCAAACCCACCACCAAAAGCUUCCCAUCUUGGUCUACUACCAUGGCGGAGGCUUCUGCAUUGAAUCCGCCUUCUCAUCUGAUCACCAUCGCUUCCUCAACAGUUUGGUCGCUCAAGGUCAAGUUGUUGCUGUGUCAGUUGAGUAUAGGCUAGUUCCUGAGCACUUUCUCCCCAAUGCUUAUGAAGAUUGCUGGGCUGCACUUCAAUGGGUUGCAUCACACGUCAAAGAUGAUAAUGUUGUCAACAAAGAGCCAUGGUUGAUGAAUCAUGGUGACUUUAGCCGAGUUUUUCUUGGAGGUGAUAGUGCUGGUGCUAAUAUUGUGCAUAAUACGGCAAUGAGAGCUGGUGUUGAGAGCUUGCAUGAUGGUGUUAAACUUGUAGGAGCUUUUCUUACGCACCCUUACUUCUGGGGUUCAAAACCAGUACGGUCAGAGGCUAGUGAAGGACAUGACAAGGCUUUGCCAUGCUUGGUUUGGAACUUUGUAUAUCCAAAUGCUCCUGGUGGUAUUGAUAACCCAAUGAUCAAUCCAUUUGUUGAAACUGGAGCACACAGCUUGGCUGUACUUGGGUGUUCUCGAGUGCUUGUGGCUGUGGCUGAGAAGGAUGAGCUGAGGGAUAGAGGCGUUUAUUACUAUGAGGAAUUGAUAAAAAGCAAGUGGGAAGGAGAGGCUGAGUUGGUUCAAGUUGAAGGAGAGGAUCAUGCUUUCCAUGUCUUGAAUUUUGAGACUGAGAAUGCAAAGACUUUGAUCAAACGCUUGGCUUCUUUUCUCCUCAAGUAAUAUUAUUGUGUACUUUCUAGGAAAGUAGCUCCACUUUUAGACUGCUUUAAGACUAGAGUAUAAGGGCAUAGUGCAAAAUUUAAAGAGAGUGUACGUUGUGAAGUGUGUACUAGCUAUUACCCUAUCCAAUAAGCCGAAUCCCACCAUGAGUUUUCUUUUUGGUUCUUGCACUUGCCUGUUUGUGCUUGAAAUGACUGCUAAUAUGUACUUCAUGUUAUAUAUAUGUUUUUUGAUGAA